GCGGCGGUUGCCGUGGCGACUCGGCGUUUCUGUUUCUUUCCUCACUCGCCCUCCUGCGGCUGCCUGGGCUGCGCCUGCGCAGGGGACCCGGCACGGAGGUGGCGGAACUGUCGGGAGGGGCCGGAGACCCCAGAUUAUCUAAAGCCACAGGGAAAAUGGUGGAAAAUUCACCGUCGCCAUUGCCAGAAAGAGCGAUUUAUGGCUUUGUUCUUUUCUUAAGCUCCCAAUUUGGCUUCAUACUGUAUCUUGUGUGGGCUUUUAUUCCUGAAUCAUGGCUAAACUCCUUAGGCUUAACCUAUUGGCCUCAAAACAGGGAGGCCAGCCAGAACCUCUGCGCCCACAACACAGAGAGACCCAGACAUUGGAGAUACUGGGCCGUUGCACUGCCUGUGUACCUCCUCAUUACUGUGGUGCUUGGUUACGUGCUCUUAUUUGGAAUAAACAUGAUGAGUACCUCUCCACUCAACUCCAUUCAUACUAUCACAGAUAACUAUGCCGAAAAUCAACAGCAGAAGAAAUACCAAGAAGAGGCCAUCCCAACAUUAAGAGAUAUUCCUGUUAGUGAAGUGAACCAAAUGUUCUUUCUUGCAGCCAAAGAUCUUUACACCAAAAGCUGAAUUGUAUGUAGACUAAUACCAAGCAUUUAUCAUAAAUUCUUGACAUAAAAAUUUUGACCAUAA